AGAAAAACAAAUGCUACGAACGUUGAACAAAAAACAUCAAAUCACAGAAAAUUCGGAACCUCCUAAACCGCCUCCGGAAAUUUUGAAAACAUCGGCUCAGUCUUCUUCCCAAAAGUCACGUGGCAUUGGGACAUUUGAGCCGAAAACAAUUCCACGUGACAUUGUGGAUCCUAAGAAAACUGAGAGAAGAGCUGAAAAAGUUGGAAUAAAUGUGUCUCAGCCUCCUCCGGACUAUGGAAGAACAGUGUGGAUAACAGAUGCAACAGACGGGUUCCGUGCCGCCCGUAUAAUUGAUUUAUCAGCAACUGGAUUCACACUUCGCCUUUUGGAUAAUACUGGUGAUACUGUGACAAGAGUUUUUGAAGAUGUUUUGGCUUGCGAAGAUGACUCAAGAAGACACGUGGAAGAUAAUUGUCAACUGAUGCAUUUGAAUGAGGCAACAUUAUUGAAUAAUAUUAGAUUGAGAUAUCAAAAUGGAAAGAUUUAUUCCUACGUGGCCAACAUUCUCAUAUCAAUUAACCCAUAUCAAACUAUUGAUGGAUUUUACUCCUUGCAAAAAAUCAAGGAAUAUCGUGGAAAGUCUCUUGGACAGAAGGAGCCGCAUAUCUUUGCGAUUGCCGAUAAAUCCUAUCGAGAAAUGAUCAGACAUCGUAAAUCUCAAUCGAUUAUUGUGUCUGGAGAAUCAGGAGCAGGAAAAACUGAAUCACAGAAAGCAGUUUUGAGGUAUUUAUGUGAGAAUUGGGGUUCUGGUGCCGGAGAGAUUCAGAAGAGAUUGUUGGAAACGAAUCCAAUUUUGGAAGCAUUUGGAAAUGCUAAAACGUUACGUAACAAUAACUCGAGUAGAUUCGGGAAGUUUGUGCAAAUUCAUUUUGCGGAUACCGGAAACGUGGCAGGUGGCUAUGUUUCACAUUAUCUUCUGGAAACUUCGAGAAUAUGUCGUCAAGCAGCUGGAGAACGUAAUUAUCAUAUUUUCUAUCAACUGAUUGCAGGAAGUUCACCGGAACUUUUCAAAUUCUUGGCAUUAGGUCAACCUAAUCAGUUUAAUUACCUUAAACGUGGAUUCAUUGGUUUCUUCACUCAUCCUUCAUCUGGUACAACUUCAAAAAUCCCUAAAAAUCGGCUAUCGGACCCCAAGUUCACCCAGGAUUCAAUGGUGGACGAUUUUUCGGAUUUUCAGCGGUUAGAAUACGCUCUGAAAUUAACUGGACUAUCGGAACAAGAAAUACAUUUCAUUUGGACUACAAUCGCCGCAAUUCUUCACUUGGGAAAUGUUGAGUUCGAGGAAAGUUUGGAUGAUUCAAGAGGUGGAUGUAAAGUUUUCAAUGGAAGUGAGCAGGAUUUAAUUCAAGCUGCCAGGCUUUUGGGUCUCGAAACGAUGGAGUUGAAGAUGGGAUUGUGUGCAAGGAUUAUGCAGACAACAAAAGGAGGUGCUCGAGGGACUCUAAUCCGUGUCCCACUUAAACCCCACGAAGCGUGUUCCGGACGUGAUGCGUUGUCAAAAGCAAUUUAUUCAAAACUGUUUGAUUGGCUUGUCUCUCGAAUAAACGACAGCAUUCCUUUUGAAAAAUCAACUAAUUUCGUUGGAGUACUGGAUGUUGCUGGAUUCGAGUUCUAUGCUAAAAACUCAUUCGAGCAGUUUUGUAUCAACUUUUGCAAUGAAAAACUGCAAAACUUUUUCAAUCAAAGAAUUCUACGAGAAGAACAGGAAUUGUAUGAGAAAGAGGGCUUGAAUGUUCGCAAAAUUGAAUUUAUUGACAAUCAGGAUUGUAUUGAGUUAUUUGAAUUGAAAGGAAAUGGACUUUUUGAUCUACUCGACGAAGAGGCAAAGUUUCCAACAUCUAAUUAUAAGAGUUUUACAAAAAGAGCACAUGAAGAAAAUCGAAAGCACUUUAGACUUGAUACUCCACGAAAAUCAAAAGUCAAAUCACAUCGGGAACUACGAGACGAUGAGGGGCUUUUAAUUCGACAUUACGCCGGUUCUGUGUGCUAUGAAACAAAGCAUUUCGUAGAAAAAAAUGAUGAUUUAUUGCAUAAUUCGUUGCAAAUUCUUAUUGAGCAAUCCACAAUACGAUUGCUUGUCUCACUGUUUGGCAGCACAGCAUAUCCAACAAAAAGCAAAUUGAAAGCCCUUUCAGUAGGUGCCAAGUUCAAAAAUCAACUUUCCACACUUUUAAUCAAACUUGAAUCAACUGGAACUCACUUUGUAAGAUGCAUUAAACCGAAUAAUCAAAUGAUUCCAUUUGAAUUUGAUGGUUCUGCUAUCCUAUCUCAGUUGCAAUGUGCUGGAAUGACGUCAGUGCUGAAAUUGAUGCAAGACGGAUUUCCGAGUAGAACUGGGUUUGGAGAUUUGUACGCUUGCUAUCAGAAGAAAUUACCUCCAAAACUGUCAAAAUUGGAUCCUAGAAUGUUCUGUAAAUGUUUGUUCCGCGCUUUGGGACUUGACCAACACGAUUUUCAAUUUGGACUCACUAAAGUUUUUUUUAGAGCUGGAAAGUUUGCAGAAUUCGAUCAGAUGAUGAAACAAGACCCGGAAACAAUGACGUCACUGAUUCAAAAAGUGAACGAAUGGUUAGUGGGAGCACGUUGGAAACAGUCGCAAUAUGCUGUGUGGAGUGUUAUAAAGUUGAAAAAUAAGAUUGCGUGGCGAAGUGCUCAAGUGACACGUCUACAGUCAAUUGCGCGUGGAUACCUGACACGUCAACGGUUCUCACGACAAAUUGCUCUCUAUCGAAAGUCAGUUGCAUUGUUGAAGAAUUCGAAAGAAAUUGAAAAAAUUCUUUUCCGUCUGAAUGAACAUUCGCGGGCUAAGUACACCAGCUCCGCCCAUUCCACAAUUCGUGACCUAGAAAAACUUGUAUCACAUAUUAAACUGACGACAUCCGCAAACGAUCAUUUCGAAAAGGCGGAAAAUGCUUAUGAGCAUUAUGUGAAACGAGUUGAUUCAAUGAUUGCUGAUCUCAAAAAACAGCAGAAAAGCGAUGAGUUGGCUGAAAUCGAGAGAAAAAGAAGAGAAUCUGAAGAGAAAGAACGACUCGAGAUUGAGGCAAAGAAGGAGGCAGAAAGGCAGAGAGAGAUUAAACGUAAGCUAGAAGAGCAGCAACAAAAUGCACAAAAAGAACAUGAAAACUAUCUUAUCUCCGAAAUUCAUAAAGCGGCGGAGGAAACCGAAAAGAAACGGCAAAAUGAAGAAAAAGAGAAAUUAGAUAAAAUGGUGUCAAAUCGAUUGGCUGAAGCUGACGGUGUUGCACUAAUUUCUUCAAAAAUGGAAAUAGAACCUAGCUCAGGAAGUGCCACGUUUAGAGACGGAAAAUAUGAUGUUGGCGGAUGCAGUUUUGCAUAUCUAAGAGAUACAAUCAACACUAGUAUGGAUAUAAAUCUUCUGAAAGCCUGUGAAGAAGAAUUCCGUCGUCGUCUCCGAAUCUACAAUGAAUGGAAAUCUCGGAAUGCUCCAGUACAGGAUAGGCCGCCUGCACGAGCUGCACUCUCCACUGUUUGUGAAGAACUUUCUAUAAUGAGAUCAAUCGCAACUCCGUCAGCGCCACAAAUACAGCGAUAUUUUAAGUGCGAGUUCAAGGAAAACAAUCAGAAAGGCACGUGUUCUUGGGGAAGCUCAAUAAAAUGUGAAGAUUUAGAUCAAGUUAGUAUGUGGUUCGUACAUUUUUCUGGUCAGCAGAUUCAACGUCAGCUGACAUUUACUUCUUCAAGACCUCCACAAACUUUGAUUGCAGGACGAGACGAUGCUCAAAUGUGUACUCUGGCGCUACAGGAGACGCUUCUUGUCGGUAAAAGAGGAGCAGAAAUAUCGGAAGACGAAUUUGAGAGUCAUUGGAAAUUGGGAUGCUUGAAUUAGGUCAUGUCAUCAUAAGGAAUUAAUUUAUUCUUGUUGUAUAUUAUUUAUAAAGCUGAUAUUUUCGAACU